UCACUUUCAGCCUCUCUUUUUCUCAGCUUCGUUCACCAAACUAUAUAUCUCCCUCUCUUUCUCUUUCUCCAUUCAAAAAGUCUCUAUCAAACUUUUGAUGAAGGAUCUAUAAAUUAAACUAACAAAGUCUAAGAAAGACCCACUUAUUCUUUUCAGUCAUUUCUGUUGUACAAGAUCCAACUUUCUUUCAUAAUUUCAAAAAGAAGAUACAUAUAUAUAUAAGUAAUGGGUUCUAGAACCACCAUUUCGAUUCUUGUUGUUCUUCUUCUAGGGUUGGUUCAACUUGCAAUUUCAGGGCAUGACUAUAAACAAGCUCUAAGCAAAAGCAUUCUCUUCUUUGAAGCUCAGAGAUCAGGACACCUCCCUCCUAACCAAAGAGUUUCAUGGCGAUCUCAUUCCGGUCUUUACGAUGGCAAAUCAAGCGGCGUGGAUCUAGUGGGAGGAUAUUAUGACGCCGGAGACAAUGUGAAAUUCGGGCUUCCGAUGGCUUUCACGGUGACAACAAUGUGUUGGAGCAUCAUAGAAUACGGUGGCCAGCUGGAAUCCAACGGCGAACUUGGCCAUGCCAUUGACGCCGUUAAGUGGGGAACUGAUUAUUUCAUUAAAGCCCACCCUGAACCUAACGUUCUCUAUGGAGAGGUAGGAGAUGGUAAGUCGGACCAUUAUUGUUGGCAAAGGCCAGAGGAAAUGACUACUGAUCGUAGGGCUUACAAAAUUGACCGGAACAAUCCCGGUUCGGAUCUCGCCGGAGAAACCGCUGCCGCAAUGGCUGCCGCUUCCAUCGUUUUCCGUCGCUCUGAUCCAUCAUACUCUGCUGAGCUACUCCGUCACGCACAUCAGCUAUUUGAAUUUGCGGACAAAUACAGAGGCAAAUAUGACAGCAGCAUUACCGUGGCACAAAAAUAUUACCGAUCCGUCAGCGGUUACAAUGAUGAGUUACUAUGGGCUGCUGCGUGGUUAUACCAAGCAACAAAUGAUAAAUACUAUCUAGAUUACCUCGGCAAGAAUGGCGACUCAAUGGGUGGUACGGGCUGGUCGAUGACCGAAUUUGGUUGGGACGUUAAGUAUGCUGGUGUUCAAACCCUUGUGGCCAAGGUUUUGAUGCAAGGAAAAGGUGGAGAACAUACUGCUGUGUUCGAGAGGUACCAACAGAAAGCAGAACAGUUUAUGUGUUCGUUGUUAGGUAAAAGUACAAAGAACAUUAAGAAAACUCCAGGGGGUUUGAUUUUCCGACAAAGCUGGAAUAAUAUGCAGUUUGUCACGAGUGCUUCAUUCUUAGCCACUGUUUACUCCGACUAUCUCUCGUACUCCAAAAGAGAUCUUCUUUGUUCUCAAGGAAACAUUUCUCCAUCCCAACUCCUAGAAUUUUCUAAAUCACAGGUGGAUUACAUUCUUGGAGACAACCCUAGAGCAACAAGUUACAUGGUCGGAUACGGAGAGAACUAUCCACGACAAGUUCAUCAUCGUGGUUCGUCUAUUGUCUCCUUCAAUGUCGAUCAAAAGUUCGUUACUUGCCGUGGUGGUUACGCCACAUGGUUUAGCCGGAAAGGAAGCGAUCCAAAUGUUUUAACCGGAGCUCUAGUGGGUGGACCCGACGCCUACGAUAACUUCGCUGACCAACGGGACAAUUAUGAGCAAACCGAACCAGCAACUUACAACAACGCGCCUCUUCUUGGUGUAUUAGCCCGGUUAAUUUCCGGUUCGACCGGUUUUGACCAGCUGCUUCCCGGUGUUAGUCCGACUCCAAGUCCGGUUAUCAUAAAACCAGCACCGGUACCACAAAGGAAACCGACAAAACCUCCUGGUUUGUCAUAUUUAGAUUUCUUAUGCCAACAUCGUGAUAUACCAAUUUGAUUCGGUAUAAGAAAUUAAACAAUUUGCUUACUUUUUUGUUAUGUCUAUAGCAGCUUCUUCUCCUAGUCCCAUUACCAUAUCGCAGAAGAUGACAAACUCAUGGAAGAACGAGGGAAAAGUGUACUAUCGAUACUCUACGAUAUUAACCAAUAGAUCUACGAAAACAUUGAAAAUUUUGAAGAUAUCAAUCACCAAGCUAUACGGUCCAAUAUGGGGUGUGACGAAAACCGGAAAUUCAUUCAGUUUUCCAUCAUGGAUGCAAUCUUUACCAUCAGGCAAAAGCAUGGAAUUUGUCUAUAUCCACUCAGCUUCUCCGGCAGAUGUCUUGGUUUCUAACUAUUCUUUGGAAUGAUCAGUAGAAGUGUCUCGGUGUGUGAUACCGGUUUACUAACUUGUAAACUAGUUCACCUGCUUUUGAAUAUAUUGGGUCUAGUUUUUACCGAUUGGUUAGAUUUUUGGGAGGAUGAGAAAGAAGAAUUCUUUAGCUUGUACACAUAGCGAGAGAUUUGAGACUAUGACAUUAGGAUUAAUCUGUUUCUUGUAAUCCAAGAAAGCCUUUGCACCUUUUUAGUUUUUAUUUUUCUAUUACUAUAAAUCAAUAAUUUAUACGUUAUAA